GAAAACAAAAAAUCCUACCUUACUAAUUAUUCGAGCUGAUAACCCUAAAGAUAAUUGGAUCACUUAUAAUUAUGUUCAACUCUGCGGUCCAUUUGGCAUAUGACGAAGCGCGUGAAUUCGAAUUAGAUGCCCUAAAUCUGUCUACAAAUGAUGAUGAAGGUUUUGCUGCUAUUAAAACAAAUAAAAAAUUAGAAAUGGUAGAUAAAGGAAAAAGAAACUGCAAUAAACCUUUACGCUCUUGUGAUACAGAAGAUGAAUCGACGCCUAUACAAAAAAAAACUAAAAGUAGAAAGAAGAUAAUAUCAUCGUCAAGUUCUUCUGAUAAUGAGGAUAGCGGAAUAAAUAGUAUACCAAUGCCACCUGCCACGUACGUGAGCCAAAAGGAUCAGCAACUACCACCAACAUUUAAAACUCCUAUAUCAUUACUUGUGCCGUAA